AUGGCAAGCCAGAAACUUGCAGAAAACGGGCUCGCGCCUGCGGUCCAUCAUCUCUUGCAGGAGAUCGAGAAAAGUGCCGAGCUGCUCCAUCUGUUUGAACGGGCAUUCCGCGAGAUUCCUGCGCCCUUCCAGGAGACUCCAGAUGGCUUCGGCCACGAGCGGAUUCGCCAUUACCGCCAUCUGGUCCAGGCCAUCGACCGGGCCACCAAGACAGCACCGGUCUGGAUGUCCAUGCUCCGGACAGACUGCGUGAUCGGCUGCCCCAUGAACGAAGCACUGAUCUGGUUCAUGAACACCCGGACAGGGGCGCAAAUCCUGGCCCGCGACGACAUCAACUCGCAUCUCGGCAUGAUUCUCAAGGAAUGGGGCCGGUUUUUGUCCUCGCCGGCGUCCGCCUCUGUCGUCCACGCCCAGCAGGGGGGCUGGCUAUCUCCGGAAGCCCGCGAGGAGAUGCUCCAGGCCGUCAACGCGGCGCACAACGCGGCCCUCCAGGCGCCGUCCUUCGAGGACGCAUUUGUCUGCGACCCGUCCCAGCCGUCAUGGGGCUUCCGGUCGUGGGACGACUUCUUCACCCGUCGCUUCCGGCCGCAAAUCAGACCAGUGGCGUGCCCGGACGACGACGGCGUCAUCGUCAUGCCCUGCGAGUCGCAGCCGCUUGCGCUCGCCGCGCAUGUGCCGGAGCAACAGCACUUCUCGCUCAAGGAAACCACCUAUUCCUUCCGCGGCAUGCUGAACAAUGACCCCAUAGCAUCGAGCUUUGCUGGAGGGACCGUCUUUCAGGGGUGGCUCUCCCUUUUCGACUACCACCGAUGGCACGCGCCUGUUGCCGGCACAGUCGCCAAAGUCGCCCAGAUCCCCGGGACGUACUUCGCCGCCGACGCCUCAAACGGAUUCGAGAGCGUCGACGCCGCCCACAUGCCGUGUCCCGACCGUCAAGCUCCCGACAAGUCGCAAAGGCUGUUGACCUCCAUUGCGACGCGUACGGUAGUCAUACUCGGCGCCGACGACGCCAGGCUGGGCCUCGUGGGAUUCAUAGCCGUCGGCAUGUCGGACGUGUCGAGCUGCGUGGCCAAGGUCAAGGUGGGAGACAGGGUGUCCAAGGGCCAGGAAAUGGGCAGCUUUCAUUACGGCGGCAGUUCCUACUGUGUGCUGUUCCAGCCCGGCGUUUGCCUGACGUUUUCUCCCCUGCUCGGCGCGGCUCUCGAGGGUGAGAGUUCGCCGGAGAUCCAGGGGCGCUGCUUCGCCGUCAACAGCGAGCUGGCAAGAGUGGCUUGA